AAGAAAGAAUAUAAGUUUUACAAAUUCAUUGUUCAUAUACGAACACCUUGGUUGAACAACAGAGUUCUUAUAAGCCAGCUCGAUAACUUCCUCACAUAAAAGAAUUGAAGUCCCAGCCGAGAUUCGAACCAGCCUAAAUUGGUUGGAAAUGUAUAUAUAAACCAUAUUCACUUACCUAUUUUCCAGACAAUGGGAACAGUGGGAACAUGUGCGAAGAUCGGUUAUCAUGUAACACAUUUAAAGUAGAUCUGAAUAUGGAUGAAGAGCAUAAUCCAUUAAAGGAAGACGUAAAUACUUAUUACGUGGCAGAAUAUGUAUUUGCCCUUCUGAGAGAACUCGUUAGCUUUCAUCAACGUUUUGGCUGUACUAACACGUCUACAGAUGCAGAAGAUACCCAACUAGAUGAAAAUCCAGCAGAUAAAGACGAGAACGGAAACAGUUGCGAAGAUCAUGUUUCAUGUUAUCCAUUUAAAGAGGCUAUUGAUACCGAUGAAGAACAUAUUCUAAGACAGCGUGAUUUUGCUGAUUUUGCCCUACAGGACAAUGGGAACAGUGGGAACAGGUGCGAAGACCGGUUAUCAUGUAACACAUUUAAAGUAGAUCUGGAUAUGGAUGAAGAGCAUAAUCCAUUAAAGGAAGACGGGAAUACUUAUUGCAUGACAAAAUAUGAAUUUGCCCUUCAGAGAGAAUACGUUAGCUUUCAUCAACGUUUUGGCUGUACUAACACGUCUACAGAUGCAGAAGAUACCCAACUAGAUGAAAAUCCAGCAGAUAAAGACGAGAACGGAAACAGUUGCGAAGAUAAUGUUACAUGUUAUCCAUUUAAAGAAGUUAUGGAUACCGAUGAAGAACAUAUUUCAUUUUAUCCAUUUAAAGAGGCUAUGGAUACCGAUGAAGAACAUAUUUCAUGUUAUCCAUUAAAAGAGGCUAUGGAAACCGAUGAAGAACAUAUUCUAAGACAACGUGAUUUUGCCCUACAGGGAAAUAUAUGUAACUUUGAAACAUAUGCAAAGAAAAAUAUGUUCAAGAAAUCACAAGACGAAACUUUAUCGUAUGAAGAUAUCAAAGUGUGGAUGAAAGUCAUGGAAUCUGUUGGUGUUCUGAACUUACCCCAUGGUAGUGCUACACUUUUCCGCACAGGGAGUCAGUAUGGAUUUACUGCCGCACAUAUAUUGACUAAUGGUACCCAUAUUGUUGAUGAAGACAUUAGGGCACUCCUUAAUCUCGAAUGCUCCUUCGUAGAAUUUGAAUCUUGCAAGAAAUUUAGAUUGAAAGAAGCUGUGUUGAUAAAUGUCCACCUGGAUAUUGCAAUUUUGAAAUUUCACAAUAAUGAUAUAAAUGAAUUGCCACAACCUCUUUUACUUAGUCACGAAGGCAAUUUGACAUCAUAUACAGAUCAAGUAGCUGUAAUUGGUGCUGGACAUCCACACAAACCUUGCACAGUUCUUGAGCAUAAUGUAAAAGUCAUCAACCCAUGCAACAUACCUGUUUAUGAUAUAAAUGAGUUCAUGGAACAACAUUAUGAAUAUUUUAAAAACAUGUGCAUCACUAAAGGUGUUGGUAUUGAGUCACUUGAUAAAAGCUAUAUAGGACUGACUAGUCCCAAAAACAUUAUACUCAGCGCAUUUUUGGGACAUGGGGCUUCUGGUGCCCCUGUUUUAUUAAAGACAAACCCUGUGUCAGUUGUCGGAGUUUACACAUCCGGAUAUCCGCAGAUAUUUUAUGAUAUACAUGACAUGCAAUUUCCACCACAAUACACAUUUGAAUGUGCAACAAAAAUGAGUUUUAUUUUUCAUGAAGUCAAUGAAUAUAGCAAAGAUUUAGCAGUUGACAUAUUUGGUAUUUCUUCUUAACUAUUUUAAAAAGUAAUUAAGAACAACUUAAUUUUGUCUCACAUUAUUUAUUUAAAAUACAAGCAACAUAUUACAGUCCAUCAGUGAAAAUGUAUUGCGUUUUUUUAAGUUAGACUGUCAUCAACACUGGUAUGAGGAUAAUAACUUGAAAUACCUGUAAAAUUAUUGUACAAAAACCUUUGUUUUGUUUUCCUUUGUAUAUUUUUAAAGCAAUAUUAUGCCUCAGAAAUAAAUAUAUUUCCCAUUGUUUUAG